AAGUGACAUUGACAUAUUUUGACAACAAGAUAACCUAACUUUAUUUUAGAAAAAAAAAAUAGUACACUUGAAAUCAAAACAAUAGUGUAAAAAGUAGAUUUUUAACUAUGUAUUUCCUUUAUAUAUUAAGUAUAUUAUCCUUAGUGGUUCAAGCAGCCUUCGUGACCAUGUCAGUAGCCGCUGGCCUGUACUACUUAGCAGAAUUAGUUGAGGAAUACACAGUAACUGCCAAAUACAUUAUAACAUGGCUAGUGGUUAUAACAGCAGCCAUCCACAUAGGUCUAUUACUGUUUGAGGAUUUACCUCUACACCUGAACGCACUAGGCAUACUGCAGCAGGGUUUACACGCACUACUGUUGCGGCAGUUCCCCGUAGUGCGGCCGCGCAGCGUCGCGUUCUUUGCCGCAGUCGCUGGCCUGACGCUGCAUCACUACUGUGCGUUCCGGUACUUCGGACAAGUCUACUACAGCUUCUCUGAGGUUCUAGCGUACUUCACGCUGUGUCUAUGGAUGGUACCGUUUGCGCUGUUCGUAUCACUGUCCGCCAACGACUAUGUUCUGCCCACCACAGGAGAGCGACAGCAUCUACUGGAUGACGGUAACGUGGUCAGCGACUAUCUCUCUCGGAAAGCGAAGAAAUAUAGCCUCCUUUCUUUCUUCAGUUACGCCAAAGACUCCAUAUUGCCACAGAGAAGCAAGAAGGCUUUCUAAAAUGUCCAUUGCAACGAAAUAAGGGGUGAUGGCUGAGUGGUGAAGACGUCGCCCAGGACGGGGAUUCCGGAGUUCAGUUCCGGGCACGCAUUUCUUAACUUUUCGAAGUUAUGUGCGUUUUGAGGUGCUUCUGUCACGGGUCUGCCCGUGAAAUUCAAAUUUUAAUUUGGUUUUUCGCAAGUUGUAAACUAAUACGACAACGUAGGCUUAUGGUA